UUUAACAAAAGUUUUACUCUCCGUUAGUUGCCUCUCACGGACUCGUCUCUUCACUGUGGGUGGACACGUUUCGUGCCUUGUGGCCUAAAAUACCAAGAGUAUGCGUUACGUUGCUGCUUACUGCCUUGCUGCCCUCGGUUGCAGCCACCCCUCAGUUAAGGACAUUGAAAAUAUUCUUGCCGCUGUGGGCAUUGACUGUGAUGCUGCUCGAGCCAAGAAAGUUGUAUCUGAACUUGAGGGCAAGAAUCUAAACAGUGUGAUUGACGAAGGUAUGGGUAAAAUUGGAACAAUGCCAAUUGGAGGUGCUGCCCCUGCUGGAAGUAGUGCUGCCACAGCUGCAGUGAAGAAAGAAGAGAAGAAAGAAGAAAAGAAAGAAGAAAAGGAAGAACCUGAAGAAGAGUCUGAUGAUGACAUGGGCUUCGGUCUCUUUGACUAAGAUCAUUGAUACAAAAUAAAUUGUAUUUUCA